UUAAUACAUAUAAUAGGGUGAAAUCAUGAUACAUGUAGAUUUUAGUAUGGUCUUUUUCUCUUUUGUGGUUCAUGUUUCCAGCCGGGCAGCAUUUGCUGUUGUACGUCGCCUGUAGUGUAUCGUCCCUGCCGCACGUUCCCCCACGCGCGUUAAUUGUUCCAUCUCCGGUAAAGAAGUGAGCGGGACCCACUGAGCCCCACCAUGGAGCCGGACUCAUCCGACCCCAAUACGUCCAAAACCGACAUGCUGAGAGGAGUCAUCGCCGAGAAGCUCACCUUGGCCGCCCGGGAGAUCUUAGCGGUGGUGGAGAAGACUGUAGCCGAGUACGAGGAGGAGGCUGUGGGUUUCAGGCAGGAGAUUGACCGGCAGAGGAGACUGCUGGAGCUCCUGCAGCCUGAAGUCAAGUUGGAAGCGUUAGACCAGCAGCAGUUUUCCCUCUGUGAGGCUGGAGGAGGUCAACUACCAGAAGAUCAGGAGCAGCACAAAUAUGAGCCAAGGGUGGAGGACAGCCAAAGCCUGGGAUUCUCAGGCUACAGUGAGGAACAAAUAGAGGAAGACGAACAUGAAGAGGAGGAAGAGGAGGAUGAUGACGAGGAGGAGGAGAUGGCACAGCAAUAUUAUGAAGCAGCACCACGGUUACAAGAUACAAAUACACUGCUCGUGCCUUCCACGGUUCAGACUGACAGGCGGAGAGCAGACAGACCUUGGAUCAGUGAAGCGCAGAGUUUCGUGGACCUCAGGAUCCGCAUCCUGGACUCGAUGAUCGACGUGCUUUCCAAGAGGGUGUUUCAGAAGUACCCGCUUCAUGAGCUGCAGUGUCGUCGUGGUCUUCAGGAGGCCGACUUCCUGCAUCUGCUGAGGUCAACCUUCCCCCAGCUGGCUGCUGAUGAACCUUUUGACGUUUUUAUAACUGACAACACCAGAAAGCUGCAGCCUCUGAAAAUAGACUUGUGGACUCCGGAGGCGAUCGAGAGGACCAUCAGGGCAAAUGGGAAUUCUGCCCUCUACAUCCGCCUGAAGAAUCAGCAGAGUUUAGAAGCUGAAGAGGAGCUUCAGCCAUUGCACGGAAAUAAAGCUGCUGCUGCUGAUGUGUCUUCUGCCCCUGACCAAAGCAUUGAUCACAUGAGGAAGAGGGUGGGCAGACCUGGGUUCAGGAAAACACAGACGCAUGUAAUGAUCAGAAUCCGCAUCCUGGGUAAAAUGAAAUCUGACGUGCUCUCAGCCAGAGUGUAUCAGAUGUGCCCGCUUCAUGAGCUAAUGUGCCCUCGGGGUCUACAGGAGGCUGACUUUGUGGACCUGCUGAGGUCCACCUUCCCUCAGCUGACUGCCGAUGAACCUUUUGACCUCUUUGUGAGUGACAAAAGCAGAAAACUGAAGCCUCUGAAAGUACGGUCACUGACGACGGAGGAGGUGGAGAGGGCUACGAGGACUUCUACGCUCUAUAUCCGACUGAAGCCGCCGGAGGAGCUUCAAGCCUCAGCGAAACAGUUCCUGAGUGUAGGAGAUGUUUUAGCUGAAACUCUUCCAUUGACCCUAAAACCAACCAGAAAGAAACCCAGAAUACAGUCUGCUAGGAGGAAACCUACCAAAUCUGAGCUCAGUGGGCCAUUCGCACAUGUGGAUUUCAGGGUCCGGAUCCUGGAGGACCCUCUGAUGGAGGUGCUCGCACCCCAAGUGUUUCUGAAAAGCCGCAUUCAGGAGCUGCGGUGUCCUUAUGAUCUACAGGAGGCUGAUUUCCUGGACCUGCUGAGGUCUUCCAUCCCUCAGCUGGCUGCAGGUAAACCUUUUGACAUCCUCACUGCUGACAAGAGCCGGGUACUGCAGCCGCUGAGUGUGGACACGCUGACACCGGCGGAGAUCCACAGAGCCAUCACCUUAAGGAGAAACACUACUCUCUUCGUCCGACUGAAGGGAGCCGGUCCGUCCACCCCAAAUCCAACCAGACUGGGCACCAGAGUUCAGUCUGACAAGAAGAACCUGGGCAAGCCUCAGCUCAGUCGAUCAGACUCCCACGUAGAUCUGAAGAUCCGUAUCCUGGAGGACUCUCAGAUGGAGGUGGUCGCACCCCAAGUGUUUCAGAACUACCCACUUCACGAACUCCGGUGUCACCGCAGCCUGCAGGAGGACGACUUUCUGGAACUGCUGAGGUCCACCUUCCCUCAACUGGCUGCUAACGUACCUUUUGACAUCCUCACGGUUGACAAAAACAGGAAACUGCAACCUCUGAAUGUGGAGUCACUGACUCCAGAGCAGGUCUACAAGGCCAUCGAUUCAUCAAGGAUCAAUACCCUCUUCAUUCGACUGAAGGCACCAGAGAGAGUCCAGGUUGGUGCGAGGAAGCUUGACCAUCUGCAGAAAAAAGUGGACACAGCUACGGAGUCGUCAUUUUUGCCUGAACAAACUGUGAUGCAUGGGAGGGAUCAGUCCGACAGGAGGAAGCCUGGUAGGCCUCGGAUUAGUCUAUCAAGCUCCCAUGUAGAUCUCAGGAUCCGCUUUGUGCAGGACUGGGAUGUCAAUGUGAUUUCACCUAAAGUGUAUAAUAAGUACCCGCUUCAUUACCUGAAGUGUCCUCGAGGCCUGCAGGAGGCCGACUUUGUGGACCUGCUGAAGUCCACCUUCCCUCAGCUGGCUGCUGAUGAACCUUUUGACGUCCUCACAGCUGACAGGAACAGGAGACUGCAGCCUCUAAAAGUAGAGCCAUUGACUCCAGAGGAGCUGUACAGAGCCAUCAAGGCGAGUGGGAACAUUGUCCUCUUCGUUCGACUCAAGGCACCUGAGGGAGUCCAGACUAGUGCGAAAAAGCUUGACCUCCUACAGAGAAAAGUUGAUGGCACUGAAGAGUCUCCGUCCUUUACCGAGCAAACUGGGCUGCACAUGGGAAGCCCUCAUCAACCGGGAGCAAAUGCAGUCAACAUUUUUUCCAGCAGCUCAACAUCACGUCACAAAGAUGUGGAGUUGAAGGAAUCUGAGGGUGGUUUGGAGUACACUGGUCUCUCGACCUUGCAAUCUUUAAUACUUUAUGAACACAACGAGUUGAGUGAUGGGCUUCCCAAUGGGAAACCAAACAUAACCAAUGAUCAUCUGAUGAACGGUGAACCCGAGAAGACGAAAGGGAAUCGACGAGUCAAACAUUCAGUCAUCCGAAUAAAGAAGGCAAAGCAGAAAAUGUUGAUUCAUAACAGCGAGGCUCUGCUGUCCUGUAAAGUCUGCCAGAUUUUACGUGGGUCGACAAACAUGCUGAUCAAACACGCCUGGAGUCAUGUGGACGAGCGAGAAAGGCUCUGUGGAGUGUGUGGAGAGCAGUCAGAGUCUGCAGAGCAGCUCAGGAGUCAUCUUCAGACUCACCAGAAAACGCACACCUGCAACAUCUGCGGGAAGUCCUUCCUCACCGUCGUCGGCUACAGGGGUCACCUCGCUCGACACAAGGGAAACACGCCGUACAAAUGUAGAACCUGCCACAAAGCGUUCCCUGAGAAGUGGGUGCUGAAGAACCACGAGUCCCGGGUCCAUGCAGUGGAUAAGCCACACAGAAAAAACUUCUCCAAGCUGAAGCUCAAACUUCAUCGGCCGACCAAUCAUGCGGGGGGGAAGCCACACAGCUGCAAUGUGUGUGGGAAGCGCUUCCGCCACCUGGAUACUUUGUCUCAACAUGUGGCACUUCACUCGGGUAGCACGGCAGCCACAGACAGACGGAUCCAUACAAAGAACCACAGCAGGGAGAGGUUGUUCGCUUGCGAUAAAUGCAACAAGAAGUUCUUUCACAAGUCAAACGUGGUGACUCACAUGAGAGUACAUACUGGAGAGAAGCCUUACAAGUGCACACACUGUGGGAAAGGUUUCAGCCAGGGCCACUGUGUGAGAAGACACCUGCUGAUCCACCAGAAGAAGAAGUGCCACCAACAAACAGAGCAGCUUAGUAGGGUUGAAAUUGAAGACAGUUAUGCUAAGAUGGACGGCAUGCCCUCUCCCCAAAAAUGAAACUAAAAUGUGGUGGGUGUGUACAGUAGUGACCCAGAGGGGGAAAGAUGUGCCUCACCCUCAAUACCAAUCGAUCUCUGGGGAAAGUUAGCUUAUAGGUUUCUAGAUAGUUAGAAGGUGAGUGUUCAAGACGGCCCAGAUGGUAGCGGCUGAAGUUCAAUGGAUGACAGUGGUUCCUGAUAACGUCGCCAAUGUAAGAGGGUACCAUCCAUUUAUUCCAUGUUUUCUUUCACUUUUUAACAGUGGGCUGCUUUUUUUUUAUUCUUACUUACUAAUGGUUACAUUCAGUGUUCUUUACAAUGUCAGAAAGGCAACUUCUCAGGAUCAGCUGAGGCCUUCGAAUGCCUUGAUUUGUUCAGACCAAAACUCUGAAACCCAAAGGUUAUUCAGUUUACAAACAAAGUAAAUAUUGAGUAUUUUUUGUGUUUAUCAAUAAAACUAGUGCUCUUAAAGCAGGUAGGGCCUUAUCUUUUUUUGGCCAGUAUUAGCUAUUUGCCAGUAAAUUAAAGUUUAAAAUAAAGAAGUACAUUAGUAAGUACACAUAACAAAUGUUAUGUUUUGUGUCUCAAAGAAAAAAUAUCACCUGAGAUAUUAGAAUAUCAGUUACUGGUAUCAUUCUUAAAAAUCCAAUAUUGGUCAGGCUCUAAAAGUAACUUUUUGGAUGUAAUGUCCGCGAAUUUUUCAAGUUCCUUCAGUAUGUUUUUUUUGUUUUCGACAAAGAUUCAGCAUAUUAAGGGGCGUUUAUGCUGCUAUAGACUAGCAGCAAUGUGGCAAAGGAAUAUCAAGGAAAACAAAAUAAUGGUUAGGAACUCAAAGGUUAGAAACAACUAAAAUGCAAGGUUACCAUGGUAAACGAAACCUAGCUUCCCUUUUUUUGGGGAUACAAUUUAAGCUGGAGGAACCUUUAGUCCUUGGAAA